AUGGCGCCCUUUCAUCCAACUACCAAUCUUCUUUCUCUUGCAUUCGCCAGCAGUUAUCUCGUUCAAGCUUCGGGCGAUCUAGCAGCAAGUUUUGGACCUCCUCCCGACUCAAAUCCUCUUACUUGGGGCUUCUAUGCCACUCAUGAGGUCCAAACACCAACGCACUUGGAGAUCACUGGUUCCAUCCCGAGCUGGUUGACCGGAUCUCUCUACCGCGGAGCUGCAGGAACUUGGGAUGUCGGAAACUACACUGCAGAGCAUUGGUUUGACGGCUUUAGUCGCAACCAUCUCUUUCAGAUCGCUGAUGGCUCUGUUACAUACCGUAGCCGCAACGCAAGUGAUGAGCUGAUGCACUUCAUCGAAGAAACCGGGCUCUUUCCCGGCAAUACCUUUGGAAGCGAUCCAUGCAAGAUCAUCUUUGGCGCAUUUGAAACCACUUACAGAGACGGGACAAACGCACGCGGUAAUAAAACCACUGCAAACGCCCCUGUAGCCUACAUUCCCAACUUUCCUGGUCUCGAUCGCAACUCUAGCAACGUGGGCAGCCCUCUUAACACGCUGGUAUCUACUACAGAUACCAACAGACUCCAGCAAAUUGACCCAGUCACUUUGGAGGCUAUUGAGCUGUUCACUUACCAGGCUUCCCACCCGCUGCUGAGCGACUCAGGCCGUUCAUGCGCGCAUCCAGCAAUGACAGAGGAAGCCAUCUACAACUAUGUGCUCGAUACGUCUGCCAAACCUCCCGUCUACCGUGUCUUCGGCAUUACAGCACCUGGGGGAGAGACGAAGAUAAUUGCCAACAUCACCGACGCACCACCUGCUUACAUCCACUCCUUGUUUCACACUGAGAAGCAUGUGAUUCUAAUCGUCUGGCAAGCCGACUUCACGAAAGCUGGAGAAUCUGUCUUGAGUAGUAUUGGACCCUGGAAUCCUGAGAGGAAGACUUUAUUCUACGUGAUUGAUCCUGUCAAUGGAGGCGUCAUCUCCAAAUACGAAUCUGAAGAUGCCUUCUUCGCUUUUCACGAGAUUAAUUCUUUCGAGGAUGCCUCUGGAGAUAUUUACAUUGAUUUGCCAACUAUGCCGGACUAUAGCUUUCUUGACGCUGCGAUGGUGGAAAACUUGCGAGCUAAUCUUGGCAGCAAAACUAAUGCCUCGUCCAAGAAUGAUUUGGCUGGCUCGUUUACUCGCUACAAGCUCCCAUUCUACGAGUAUAACAAAGCUUCCAACGGAUCGCUCAUCACGCAUACCGCAACGAUUGAUAUACAAUUGCCUUACAAAAAAGCGAAUAUCGAGCUCCCUCGCAUUGCUGAAAGUCUAAAGGGCAAGCCUUACCGUUAUGCUUAUGGCAUCCACGUUGAGAAGAUGGGCUACUUUGCCGAUUCAAUCAUCAAGAUUGAUACAAAGAAGAAGUCGUGGAAAAUUUGGUCACCCAAAACGAAGCAAUUGCCAUCGGAGCCCAUCUUCAUAGCACGACCAGGAGCCAAGACGGAAGACGAUGGCGUCUUGUUAACUGUGGCGAUGGAUUCGGCGGAGAAAAAGAGCUCUUUGGUAGUUAUUGAUGCCAUCACCAUGAAAGAGAUUGGUCGAGCUCAUAUGCCCAUUGUCAUGGGCUACGGGUUUCAUGGAGCUUAUCAUGCAGAGUUGUGA